AUGUUUUCUAAUGACGAGAGUCUCGACCACGAAGCGCUUCUACCUGUAGACACUCCCAGGCCAAGGCGUCGUUUGCAGCGCAUGGAUGUUGCUCUUCUAGUCGUAAUCUCGUUUGUUGCCUGCUUUGUUGGCGUUCGAUUACCGGCACAGCGUGUGUCCAAUCCACUAUGGCACAAACCACCACCCCGUAGGAUGUUUCAGUAUCUUACGUACGAUGAUAUUGAUGCAGUCAAGCGCCAAUCAGGCUACAACGUCACAUAUUCAUCUCGAGGCUUUGAAAUUGAUGGCAAACAGACGAUAUUGCUCGGUGGUUCUAUUCACUAUCCACGCAGCUCGCCAGGUCAAUGGGAGCAGCUAUUGCGUGAGGCUAAAAGAGACGGACUUAAUCACAUUGAGAUGUAUGUGUUUUGGAACCUGCACGAACGAGAGCGUGGAGUAUAUAAUUUUGAGGGAAAUGCUAAUAUCACGAGGUUCUACGAAUUAGCAGCAAAGGUGGGAUUAUUCCUGCAUGUGCGGUUUGGUCCGUACGUAUGUGCUGAAUGGAGCAAUGGUGGUCUCCCUGUGUGGCUUAAUUGGAUACCUGGAAUGAAGGUGAGGUCGUCAAAUGGUCCAUGGGAGAUGGAAAUGGAGCGAUUUCUUCGGUACAUGGUGACGUUGUCGAGGCCGUUUUUAGCAAUAAAUGGUGGACCGAUUAUUAUGGCACAGAUUGAGAACGAGUUUUCGGGGCAUGACCCACAAUACGUAGAAUGGUGUGGACAGUUAGUGAAACGUCUCGAUACAUCAAUUCCGUGGAUCAUGUGUCACGCUAACGCAGCUGAAAAUACGAUUCUUUCAUGCAAUGACAACGAUUGCGUUGAGUUUGCUGUGAAUAAUGUGAAGAAUCGACCAUCUGAUCCCCUCGUAUGGACAGAGGAUGAAGGCUGGUUUCAAACAUGGCAAAAAGAUAAAGAGAGGCCACUGCCAAAUGAUCAACGUUCACCUGAAGACGUGGCGUAUGCUGUCGCUCGGUGGUUUGCUGUUGGUGGCGCUGUCCAUAAUUAUUACAUGUAUUACGGCGGUAAUAAUUACGGUCGAGCUGCAUCUGCUGGAGUGACGACGAAGUAUGCCGACGGAGUAAAUUUACACUUUGACGGUCUGAGUAACGAGCCGAAACGUACCCACUUGCGAAAGCUUCAUGAAGCACUGAUAGAGUGCAAUGAAAUAUUGUUAAGCAACGAACGACAAGUAUUGAACCCUCACGAUUUACCGCUUUCAACUGGACAAAUUGUGAAUGCUUCAUCGCAACAACGAGCUUUCAUCUAUGGACCAAAAGAUGGACCAAAUCAAGUCGCUUUCUUGGAAAACAUGGCCAACCGGAGUGUUAACGUAUCCUUUGGCAGCAAGAAAAUUGCGCUUGCGGCAUCCUCUAUGAUAAUUCUAAAAGACGGAGUCAUCCUUUUCGAUACUGCAGAUGUCCAUCAUUCAUAUCCAGGUCUUCAGCAUCGUACGUACUCAACUUUAAUUAAAGCUUCUAGCUUCAAGUGGACGUAUUGGAGUGAAUUAAACGUGUCUUUGACGACACCAAGGAAACGAGUGAUUGCCGAUCACCCUGUUGAACAGCUUCAAUUAACAGCUGACCAAUCGGACUAUUUGACGUAUAAGACAACAGUCUUUCUUCAGCAAUCAAGUGACAUCAAUAACAAGGCAUCGAUGGUGGAGGUAGAGACAUGCGAGGCCGGUAGCAUCAUUGCAUUCCUUGAUGGGUGGCUGAUUGGUGAAAGAAGUUUAGCGUAUCCUGGUGGCAAUUGUUCCAAGGAAUUUGGCUUUCAUUUGCCAGCCAAUCUCAACUUGACUCGUCAGCAUGACCUUAUGCUUGUAUCUGUUAGUUUGGGCAUCUACUCUUUGGGAAGUAAUCACAGUAAAGGUGUGACUGGCAGUGUUCGAUUUGGUGAGAAGGAUCUGACGAAAGACCAGCAGUGGGAAAUGUAUCCGAGUCUUGUGGGUGAACAACUCGAGAUUUACCGUCCAGAAUGGUUUCAUUCGGUUCAGUGGACUCCAGUGCAUGAAAACAAUUCGACAUAUCAACCAAAUGUUUCGGGUGGCCGACGAAUGCUGUGCUGGUAUGCAACUUCCUUCAUCUAUCGUACGCAGCAGCCAACGAACUACGAAAUGCAGAAGUCCAUUUUGUUUGAUUUUAUUGGACUUACACGUGGACGUGCAUACAUCAAUGGUUACGACCUAGGACGUUACUGGCUAAUUAACGAUGAAGGUAACUUUGUUCAGCGUUACUACCAUAUUCCACAAGACUGGCUGUUGAAAGAUCGAGAGAAUUUAUUAGUCGUUUUUGAUGAGCUUGGUGGGUCAAUUUCGAGCGUACGACUAGUAUUGUCCACGAUGGAUUCAGACUAG